UAGUCCGCCCCGUCGGAGCCAUCCGGCUCUGCUAUAGGCGGGUGAUCCCGCGUGGGGGUUUCCAUGGAGACAAGUCGCUAGGCGCCCGGCUCGUGUGUGGGAGCCGAGCUCAGACCUAGCAGGGAGCCCCGGAGCGAGAAGCCGGGAGGCUGAGGUCAGCGCCCGUCUGGAGUCUGGACCGACACGCGAGGGGGCCACCACCCGAGGGGGUCUCUGCUGUGGACGGGAGCGGGAACGGCUCGCAGGUCCCAGGAGCCCUCGGGGAGAAAAGGUGGGCUGGGAAGCAGCCAGGCAAGCAGGCAGAAGCCCCGGAGCCUCGUCUGUUCCAUGCCCAGCAAGGAGCUCCUCUCUCGCCCUCGGGAUCCAAGGGGCACAGGUGCCAUCUCCACGGGCCACCAUCUGGCUCUAGAGCCAGCAGGGCUGACCUGAGGAGGCCAGUCUCCUGGGUCAGGGAGGCUCAUUGGGGGAAGAGGAGGAGCUGGAGACAGCAUCAGCUCCAGCCCUGGCAGGGGGAAUCCUCAUCCAGCGAGCUCUGGUCCGAACCCCGGGAGGCCAGUCUCGUGGGCAGGGGCCUAGGCGGUGGCCAUGUCUUCCUGGAGCCCACUGGGCAGAGGCGGUGGCCUUCGUCCUGCCAGCAGCCUGCCUUGGCUAUGAGGAUGGGCAGUGGUGGGUCCUCGGGCCGGGAGGAGCGGCUGCCAUCAGCUGCGGAAGAGCAGUUGAGCGGUGGGGAUCAGAUGCUGGAGCUCUCUGGGCGCUACUUGAAGAGGCUGCCCUUGCCGGUGUGUGCCCUGAGCACCCUGCAGAAGCUCUACAUCAGUGGCACAGGGAUAACAGAGCUGCCUGAAGAAAUAGAAGGGCUGCAGGAGCUGCGCAUCCUGGCCCUGGACUUUAACAAGCUGGAGGAAGUGCCUGAGGCCCUGUGCCGCCUGCCCCACUUGACCCGCCUGUACCUGGGCAGCAACCGCCUCUUUGGCCUUCCGGAGGAAUUCUGCCAGCUCACAACCCUCCGUUGCUUGUGGAUCGAGAGCAACUACUUGUACCACUUCCCCCGGGUCUUGCUCCAGAUGCCUGGACUGCAGUCCCUGCAGAUGGGGGACAACCGGCUCAAGACACUGCCCAGUGGCCUGCCACGCAUGAGGGGACUACGUGGGCUCUGGCUGUAUGGGAACCGCUUUGGGGAGUUCCCAAAGUCUUUGCUUCACAUGACCCAGCUUCACAUCCUUGACCUUGACCGCAACAAGCUGACAGAAUUCCCUGACCUGAGCCACCUGCGGAGGCUUCGGCUCUUCUCCUAUGACCACAACCCGGUGGAAGCCCCACCCAAAGUGGCCGACACUGUCCUUGUGGUGGGGGAGGGGGCUCAGGAGUUUCUGGAGGCUCGGGAGGAACGUCUCCAGGCCCUUCGGGAGCAGGAAGAGGAAGAGCAGGAGGAGAACGAGUCUGAAGUUCUGCAGGCCAAUAUGAAAAAUGAUUCUUCCAUGUUGGAUGAUGGAGAGGGUAGUUACUCUGCUCUGGAAUGCUCUCCAGAGGAGACAUGAAAUAGCUACAGUGAUAACAUGGCUGCUCCUCAAAAAAAAGCUGGUGGAUAUUAUUAAGCUUUUGUAUCUACAACUGCCUCACAGGGAAUUAGGAGAUGAGCAUACACUGCCCUCAGGAGCCACCAUCUCCAAGGCAGGGUGAUGGGCAACUGUUGACCAUGGUGAUCCCUUGUAAAGAAGACAGGACAGUAACUCAUCAGAAGGCUUGCUGUCUUUUUUUCUUUGUGGAACCAUGGGCAGUCUUAGCCCAUAUAAACUGUAAUAAUCUGUGGGUAGUUUGUGAGCAUCUAAUCCUAAAGUGCAAGGGAUGAGGUGGGAGGUGGGGGCAAAUUAUUCUCAUGCUGGAUAAUUUACUUCUACCAAAUCUUUGAAAUGCUAGUCCUCUUGACCCCGAGACAACGCAUGGGUAAUGGUCACAUCAUGGUAAAAAAGUGUAACCCACCUCUGUCUGGGCAGUAAUCACCUCUUUGGGCUUUCUGCAGGAUUCUGCGAAGAUUUGAAGUGACUUUCCUGUAGUGUGGGCAAUCCUCUUUCUAGUUGUCUGGCAUGCUACAAUGAGCCUCGACAACAAGUCAGGAUAAAGCCAUCUUGUUUUCCCCCUCAGCCCCCCUACCCUCACCCACCUUGAACUCUGAGCCCUGGAAUAUUGCAGAGUUGAGAAUGUGAAUGUGACAUCUUCUUUCAUCCCAGGAAUUUUUAUCCUACUACUGGAAUUAGACUUGGAGAGAAGCCUCCCCUGGACUGCUCCUUCCGGCUGUCAGGUUUGAGAAGCUCAUGUGAAGCCUUUGUUUGUGCAGAGAGCUCUCCGUCCAGGACAGAGCUUUGCCUCCACGCUUUGUAUGGUGGGAAAGGAGCCUUGUGCGUUGCCCUGCUGCUUUUCCUGACUUUUUAUUCCCUUAAAAGGACACAGAAGCGAAACUGGUAUGACCUGGGCCACUGCAGACUUGUUGGGGGUCUUGGGUUAGAAGGGUGGCAGCCACAGGACUUUUCCCCUGUCUUGGAAGGCGGCUGGUUCCUUUUUGUGGGGGCCUCUCGGGCUAGAUUUGUAUUAAAUCUAAGCAAUAAAAGCAUAUGAAAGAAGGGAGAGCGAGGAAGGAGGAAUGGGUGGACAGGGGCACAAAUUCUCAGGGAGAUUGCUCCAAAAACAGGAGACCAAAGCUGCUGGGCGGGAUUGGAGGCUAUUUUUAAAGAGUGUUGUGAACAAAAUUAUAACACCUGGUGAAAGGAAGCAAGUUUCUCAGGCAUUCAUGUUGAGAGAAAUCUAUAUUAAAAAGCAGUCUUUCCUCUGCCUGUUUCUGAUCUUUUGCAACCCCCUUCCCUCUUUCUGUCUUCCUGCUUCUCCCUGAUAUCUCUGUGCUCUCCCCCUUCUCUUCCCCUGCAUAGCUUUCCUUCCUUUCUUCUCCAGUACACGCUUCUUUGUCAGCUGCAUUCACUCUCUCUCUGGACUGGUUCCACUUCAUUCUGCCUCAACCUCAAUGUCUACAUUGGCAUGGCAUGGCUUGGCUCUCUAUGCACUAUCAAAGUUAACAUCUUUGUCUUGGAUGAAUUUCAAAGUAGUAAUGGACACUGAUGCUGUGUCUCCUGUUUUAUUACAGUUUAUUCCUGUUCUGUUGGCAGGUUGCAUUAUGCUACUUCUGCCAUCUCUUUCCCCCCCUAUAUAUACCACCCCACCCACAUCUCGUUUUGAAGUUUCUGAUGGAGUGGGAAAGGAUUCUUUUUAUUUGGAAAGUUGUGCAAAGAGAUUGCAUGCAGAAUAUCAGUAUCACACCUUCCUUUUGGAUUGGUUACAGAUAAGUGAUUCAUACAAAAUGUUUUCACACUCUUAUUAGUCUAGCCACAUGAUUACCCUAUUUUUUGAGAAGUCUGUUUGAGAUAGAUCUUUGGUCAUCACGCACCUGGGAACUUCAUAUGCAGUUUCCACCUGAUAGCCAUGUGGUGCUGUUCAUAAUUGCACUCCACUGAAUUACUGGCAAUUAUUGUCAGAAUCCAGAUCCAUUUUUAGCAUCAUAGAGUGUACUGCAGAAGUGGUGCCAAUUGUGUGAAUAGGCUUCUGUUUGAACUCUUGCUUUGCAUUUUGUCAUGACUGACUGCAAGCUUGGCAAGAACCAGGUUGAGCUUUACACAUUCCAUCCCAACUAGGUCAGUGUUUCCCAAACUUUUUUCUUUCAUUAAGAGGCUAAGCACUUGAGUCUUUUUUUAUUGUGAUAACCACCUUUGAUUCUCACUUAGAAGUAAUUACCAAUGAGCCUGCAGUGCUGAAUAGUCCCCAUCACAACAUUUGGAAGCCCGUUCAGCUCAAGUUUCUCAUGACAAUGGGCUCCAUUUCAGUGUUUGAGAGAUACAGAUUACUUUUGAGAGUGAAAGGCCCUGCUGUUCACUUCAUUGUAACAUUAUGUCCUUGUAGCUAAUAAGUUUCCUUUCUAGGAUGUUAUGCAGUAUUCUAGAGGACUUGAAAGAAGCACAUAUUGGCAGCAUACCACAAACAUUCCUCUUAGUGUUAAGGACAGUCCAUCUUUGACCAAGGUUCCCUUGUUCGCUAAGCAUUGAGAGGUAUGAGAAGGUUAGUUAUGGAAAAUGCGAUGGGGAAAGGUACAACAGCUUUCCCAACAAGUUGGCAUGGCCCUUACAUUGGAUAACAACUGAGUAUAUUCAUGAUAAAACUAAUUAGCAAAAAAGAAAUGCAUUUCUGACAACUUCUUUGAAAUCAGUGCAUGUUUUAUUAUUCUUCAACUCAAUGUUAUUGGGGUUAAUGUAUGCUUGAUUUAUAGCUUGUUCCCAUACUAGGCCCAUUUAAUGGUGCUUUUCUGAGAUUAGCUGGAAACAGAAUUAAAACAAUCAUUACUCAUGGCGCUUAAUAUAGUGCUAUAUUAACUGCAAUGCCCAUCCCUAUGGUGAAGACCCUCCUAUUGUGUUUACUCAGAAGUAAGACUUACUAUGCAAAGAUCACCUGCAACUUUAAUUAGAAGCUUCCCCAUUGUAGCUUUGACCUCUAAUUGUUUUCUUUUCAUCAUGACCCUUGAGAUUACUGAUUAAUUGCUAUUUUGUGGUUUAAAAAGUGAAAGAAAAAUGAAUGGGAUAAAAAUAAUAUUUAAAAUGUUGACUGGUGGGGAAUAGGAACUGAUUAAUGAAACAGCAAUUAAUCAGUAAUGCCCUAACCGCGCUGAAGAGGAAGCAAUUACAGGCAAAAGCUGCAAGCAAGAAGCUUCUGAUUAAAAUUCCUAAAAAUCUCAAUAGUGCUUUACUUGUCCACAGAGAAAGCCAGUGUUGAGUUAUUUUAUUGUCCUUUUAAAAAUGUAGAAUAUCACAAAUUAGGUCUGGGGCAAAUUGAUGCAAAUCAGGUCCACAGAGAAGAGGAGAAUGCAAUGGGUUGGCAGCAGUGUCUGAAUUCUGUUUAAAAAGCGAGUUAACCAAGGAUGGCAAUUCCAGAGUUUACGGUUAGCGUGGAAGCAACUAUAGUCUGCACUUGAGGCACAGAAAAAUAAUAAAAUCAUUAAACCCAAUUCAGUUUUUAAAACAACCCUCACUUGCUUUCCCUGGCCACUGAAAGCCAAGUUAAAUUGAAAUAACUUGCCCUGCUUUGAGAGCAUGCUCACUCAGGCCCUAUUAAGUCUCCAGGGGAAGGGUAUUCCACAGUUAAAGUGCAGCCACUAAGAACACCUCUUUGUGAGUGUUGUGAAUGAGGGUGCUCCUGAACAGUCUUUGAAGUUGUGAUGAAACAGGGAUGGAGGCAGUUGAUCAGGUAUGUUGGACCUAGUCUGUUUAGGGCUUUAUAAGUCCUAACUAACACAUUAACAGUGUGAUCCUAUACAUUACUGGGACAUAAACCCCAUUUGAAUUCAGUGGGACUUAAUCUCAGGAAAGUGUGUAUAGGAUUGUAGCCUACAUUUAGUCUGAAAGGCAGUAAAGAGCUGGUGCUGAUGCUGGAUCCUGGGUGUCAUAUGCUUUCAGUGAGUAAUCUCCAUCAGAAAGUGGAAUGAAAUGGUUUUCAACCAAUUGAAGCUUCUGUAUUGCUUUUGCGGACUGACCCACAGAGAACACAUUACAGCAGCCUCAAAUAAAAAUUGUGAAGUAUGAAUUCUGGUCUGCGCCUAAAAGAAAAGGUGACGGGAUCUGAAGGAAACCAUUCAUGGCUGCAACUUGAGUGUCUAGACUUGGAGAAAUGAAUCCGGAGCGCCUAAAGGCUAUGAGCCUGACUGUCAAGAAGGGACUGAAGAUCAUCCUUGAUUGGAGUCCAAAUUCCAUCCAAGUCACAAGGCCCUCCACUCUUUCUUAUCAUGCCUGGAUUUAAUUUCAGUCAGCUCACCUUAUCCAGCUCCCCAAAGUUUGCUACAUACCUAAAUUUGUUUACAUAACAAUGUUUUUAAGAAAUAAAGGUCAAACUUGUAUGUCACUUCUCCAAGAAAUACUCAAAAGUGUUGAGCUAUACACAGCUGUGCUCAGAGUUGAAACCUGUUUAGCUCCAGCACCACCUAUGGUGUAAAUGUCAGUGCUGGGUUUUCCAGAGAUUUGGACAAUCGAGAGCUGGUGUAACAUGGUGACUGGAAAGCUUGAGUUAGGAAUCGGGUGAAGCCGCUUCCUCUGUGCCUGUAAGAGGGGGAUAAUAAUGCUGACCUCUUUUUCAAGGUCAUUGUAGGGACUACAAGAUGAUAAUUUAUAUUCACUUUAUUUUUUUAUCCAAGCAAAAUGCACAGAGUGCCU